GGGGCUGCGCAUGCGCCGUGUGGCGGCCGGGCCGGCGGGAGCUGGGCCCCUGCGCCGCCUGCGCCCCUCGCCCCGGCCCGCAGCCGCCGGCUCCAUCCAUUUCCCAUCUCUCCAGGAUGAGAGAGGUUUGGGGUCGGCUUUUCCCCUCUCCCUGUAGUUGAUAGUUUGGGAAGCAGAGGUGAUGCUGGAGUCAAGAUGGCAGACAGCGUGAAAACCUUCCUUCACGACCUCGUCAGGGGAAUCAAGGACUCCAUCUGGGGCAUCUGCACCAUCUCCAAGCUGGACGCCCGGAUCCAGCAGAAGAGGGAAGAGCAGAGGCGGAGGAGAGCGAACAGUGCACUGGCCCAGCGGAGGUUUCACAUGGAGGAGAAGAAGCAAGAGAACGAACCGCGGAUCGUGAGCCGGAUCUUUCAGUGCUGUGCCUGGAAUGGAGGCGUCUUCUGGCUUAGUCUCUUCCUGUUCUACCGAGUGUUUAUCCCAGUCCUCCAGUCGGUCACGGCACAGAUCAUCGGUGACCCUUCCCUGCAUGGUGAUGUCUGGUCCUGGCUGGAGUUCAUCCUCACCUCCAUCUUCAGUGCCCUCUGGGUCCUUCCCCUCUUUGUGCUCAGCAAGGUUGUCAACGCCAUCUGGUUUCAGGACAUUGCGGACCUGGCGUUCGAGGUGUCGGGCAGGAAGCCUCAUCCCUUCCCCAGCGUCAGCAAGAUCAUCGCGGACAUGCUCUUCAACCUGCUGCUGCAGGCGCUCUUCCUCAUCCAGGGAAUGAUAGUCAGCCUCUUCCCCAUCGACCUGGUGGGGCAGCUGGUCAGCCUGCUGCACAUGUCGCUGCUCUACUCCCUCUACUGCUUUGAGUACCGCUGGUUCAACAAAGGAAUCGAGAUGCACCAGCGGCUCUCCAACAUCGAGAGGAACUGGCCCUACUACUUCGGCUUCGGCCUGCCGCUGGCCUUCCUCACCGCCAUGCAGUCCUCCUACAUCAUCAGCGGUUGUCUCUUUUCCAUCCUUUUCCCUCUCUUCAUCAUCAGCGCCAACGAAGCGAGGACCCCCAGCAAGACCUACCACUUCCAGCUCCGGCUCUUCUCCCUGGUGGUUUUCCUCAGCAACCGUCUCUUCCACAAGACCGUUUACCUGCAGUCUGCCCUCGGCGGCUCUUCCUCCGCCUCCUCCCCUCCGGCCGAGCGCCUUCUCUCCCCCCAGCCCUCCCCUGCCAAGCACACGGCGGCUGCUCCGGGGCACUGAGUGCCUACGCAGCCACGGGGAGAGGCGACACCCGCCCGGGCGUCGACGUCAUUUCUGUCUCUUUCCACCCUCCCGCGGUGGAGAUUUUGGGGGGAAACCCGG